UUUGUAAUUAUUUUUUUAGAAUGUUACCUAUUUGUCAAGAUAAAGGAGAAGGAAGCAAAGAGAUUUUUCUGGAUGCUCUGCCGUAUAUUGACGAUGUUAAUUACACAGAAGAACAUAAACAAUUGGCUCUGAAAUUAAUUGAGGCUGAAAUGAGAAGGUUUCCAAUGACUAAAAAUUAUUUGAGGAAUUUUCCGGAGCCUGAUUAUGACAAAUUUUUGACCCCACGACUUAUUGAACAUCAACAACAAAUUGCCAAUAAACAGGAAAUUCCAAAAUUGGAUUUACUUCGUUAUGAAGUCCCAACACCUGGUAGAGCUGCAAAUAAGAAAGCUUGGCUUUCAGCUAUCGAAAACUGCAAAGCGCAGCUGGCCAACCAGAAUUUAAGAAAGAUUAAUUUGGAGCUACUGCUUGAAUAUGAAUCAAGCGAAGCAGAACUUUACAAAAUUCGUUCCGAACUUUAUGAACUAAAUGCUAGACGUAAAAGAAGUCAAAUGCAAGCAGGAGAAGAAUUAACAUCCCUUGGACAAGGUUGGGUUGAAUUAGUUACUAAAAAUGCUGGGAUGGAAAUUGCAAUUGAUGCUUUAGAAAAAGAAAUAAAAACUAUCGCGAAACGAUUAAAAACAGAUCCUGGACUUGUGGAAAAAGAAAGUAAAUAA